UGUCAAACUUUCAUUCGCUUGGUCGGUCUGCGAUUUAUUUCGAAGAAAGCAUCCGUGAAGUCCUCAGCGCGAUAUCACGAAUUGAAAUCCGGUGAAAAAUGAAGGUCUUGAACAAUCUGCUUUUGAAACGGACGUCCACCUACGUCGCGGGAAUCGCCCUGAGUGUAUUCUUUUUCGAACGGGCCUUUGACCUCGGCACCGAUGCCUUUUUCAAAUCGUUCAACAAGGGUAAACUGUGGGACGACAUCAAGGAUAAAUACGAACAAUAAAGUAAUCCAUUUGAUGUGAAAUAACUGUUUUAUGAGGGCUAAUAAAAUGUAGGAAACCACAAGCAAA